CGGCGCGGGGCUCGCCGGGGCCAAAUCAGGGCCGAGCCUCGGAACCAAACUCAGACGCUGCAGCGGGCUGGGAGCUCUGGUCUGCUGCCGCGUCGAGGGCGGAAGGUCGGGCGGCGCCUGCCAGCGCGCUGGGACUGGAAAGGCCUCGAAGCCCGGCGGGGUCGAGGUGCGGAGUUUGCGGGUUCGAGGCCCAGCCCGAGAUGAGGAAUCAGAGGUUCAGAGAAAUGAAGUGACCUCUCCAAGGCCGCACAGCUCUUAAGUGGCUGAGACUGAAUUGCGGAGCUGGAGUAUCUCGCCCCAAGUCUCUGCCAGGUGCAGUUACGGAGAACAACAGGAGGGAGGAGGCUAUCAAAGGCCAUUGGAGGUGCCAGCUGUUUGAAACGAAAACGCCAUAGAAAGGGAAGAAGAGGGUGAGGGCCAGGCCCCUUGGGGCUGAUGGCUGGAGGACUGCUGAAUCUGUGCUGGGUGCUGAGUGUGCUCCAGGUGCUGCUGAUGGUGCAGACAGUGUCUGGAGCCAGGGGCCCAUCUACAGGGCCCCGCGGUAGCUCCCAGUUUCCAGCCUCAGGUGUGAACCAGACCCUCCUGGUAGAUUGUCGAGAAGUGUGUGGCCUGAAUGCCUCUGACCGCUGUGACUUCGUCCGGACCAACCCUGACUGCCGCAGCGACGGGGGCUACCUGGACUACCUCGAAGGCAUCUUCUGCCACUUCCCACCCAACCUCCUCCCUCUGGCCAUCACCCUCUACGCUCUCUGGCUGCUCUACCUGUUUCUGAUUCUGGGAGUCACCGCGGCGAAGUUUUUCUGCCCUAACUUGUCAGCCAUUUCUACCACACUCAAGCUUUCCCACAAUGUGGCAGGUGUCACCUUCCUGGCAUUUGGGAAUGGUGCCCCGGAUAUCUUCAGCGCCCUGGUGGCCUUCUCAGAUCCUCGCACGGCCAGCCUGGCCUUGGGGGCACUGUUUGGCGCAGGCGUGCUGGUCACCACCGUCGUGGCAGGUGGCAUCGCCAUCCUGCGCCCCUUCAUGGUGGCCUCUAGGCCCUUCCUCAGAGACAUCAUUUUCUACAUGGUGGCCGUGUUUCUGGUCUUCACCGCACUCUACCUCGGCAGGGUCACGCUGGCGUGGGCCCUGGGUUACCUAGGCCUCUAUGUGUUCUAUGUGGUCACAGUGGUUCUCUGCACCUGGAUCUACCAGUGGCAGCGGAGGAGAUCCCUGGUCUGCUCCGUGCCGGACACCCCAGAGAUGCUCUCAGACUCCGAGGAGGAUCAGGUGUCUUCCAAUACCAACAGCUAUGACUACGGUGAAGAGUACCGGCCGCUGCUCUUCUACCAGGAGACCACGGCUCAGAUCCUGGUGCAGGCCCUCAACCCCCUGGAUUACAGGAAGUGGAGGAACAAGUCGGCGUACUGGAGGGCUCUCAAGGUGUUCAAGCUGCCUGUGGAGUUCCUGCUGCUCCUCACUGUCCCCGUCAUGGACCCUGACAAGGAGGAUGGGAACUGGAAACGGCCCCUCAACUGCCUGCACCUGGUCAUCAGCCCCCUGUUUGUGGUCCUGACCCUGCAGUCAGGGGCCUAUGGCGUCUAUGAGAUAGGUGGCCUCUUUCCUGUCUGGGCCGUGGUGGUGAUCGCGGGCACAGCCUUGGCUGCAGUGACCUUUUUUGCCACAUCCAACAGUAAGCCCCCCAGGCUUCACUGGCUCUUUGCUUUCCUGGGCUUCCUGACCAGCGCCCUGUGGAUCAAUGCAGCUGCCACAGAGGUGGUGAACAUCUUACGGUCUCUGGGUGUGGUCUUCUGGCUGAGCAACACCGUCCUGGGGCUCACACUGCUGGCCUGGGGGAACAGCAUUGGAGAUGCUUUCUCAGAUUUCACGCUGGCCCGCCAGGGCUACCCAAGGAUGGCGUUCUCAGCCUGUUUUGGUGGCAUCAUCUUCAAUAUCCUGGUGGGCGUGGGGCUGGGCUGCCUACUUCAGAUCUCCAGGGGCCACACGGAAGUGAAGCUGGAGCCGGAUGGACUGUUGGUGUGGGUUCUGGCCGGUGCCCUGGGCCUCAGCCUCGUCUGUUCCCUGGUCUCGGUCCCACUGCAGUGCUUCCAGCUGAACAAAGUCUACGGCUGCUGCCUGCUCCUCUUCUACUUGACUUUCCUCGUCGUGGCCCUGCUCACCGAAUUUGGAGUGAUUCACUUGAAAAGUGUGUGAGUGACGCUGUGGCGGGGGUCCGCCUGCUGGUCGGGAAGUGUAACUUGAGGGGGCGAGAAUGGAGGAUGAGGCGCCUUCAGUAGGGCCCGCCUGGCCGUGCGUGGCCGUGGCCAUGAACGUGAACAUGGUGAGGGCUCUGCGGGGCCACGCUCUCUGCCAGAGCUUCCAGUCGCCGAGGUGUGUAGCGAGCAUGGCUAAACCUUGUUUCUGGGACUGUGGAGGCUGGGCCUCCCUGUGGACAAACUUCCAAACAAAACGUAGAAGACUUGCUGUGUUACCUCCAGAGCCCCUCUUGAAAGUUGGGGUCUGGGGCGUAGGGGAUGACUGGGCACCUUCCAGGCUGGGGUUGGAAGACUCCAAAGAGCUCAGGGCCAGAGGCCCCGGCACCUCCCUCUAGUCACCCCUCGCUGCCUUCCUGCCUCUUCUCAGGGCUCAAAGGGCUGCCAAACCCGAGUUUAGGGAGUCAGGCUGACUUGGACCCGGCAGACAGAACAUCUUGUGUGCGGUGGGCCUUGGGCUGCCGCGGGCUUAGUUCUAGAGCCACACUGUCCAACAGAAGUAGAAUGUGAGACAUAUGCCUGAUUUUGAAUCUUCUAGUCGUCAUGUUAAUAAAGCCAAAUGCAAAAGGUGAAAUCAGGGAUAAUAUAUAUUGCUCCAAAAUAGCAGCCAUGGUACUGGCCCAUUAGUGGCUGCCAUAUCAGACGGCACAACUCUAGACUCUGCCUCUAGAAGUGUCUGCUGGCUUCAGAGGUUUCCCCAGCUGCAAAACAGGAGUUAGUCCGUGCCCUGUGCCUACCUCAGGGGAGCCCUGGGCUGGGGUCCCCAGGCCUGCAAGCUCCUGGGAGGGGUGGUGAGCGCCCCAUAGUGCCUUCCUGCUGUCAGUCUGUGACCCGCCUUUGCAAUAUUGCAGCUCUUGCAUUUGCUUGAUGCCUUAAUGCCGGCAGUAAAGGGAUUCAACUGUCUUUUUCCAAUGAAAAAAUUAAAUAUUUCAAAUAUGCAGAAAAGAACA